AUGUUCCCUUUUGCAGACCGGAUUAACUCGUGGGCGAAAGCUCACGCGUCUUCUAGCGGCCUGCCAGAUCAGACUCCCUCUCAACAGGCCGCCGAUCCUGUUAAUACCGACACUCCUCAACAUGGAGAAGUGAAAAUACCAGUGGAGGACCAUACUCCAGGGUCUACCAUGGAAACAAACCAAAAGCCAGGACUUCUGAUCCGUAUGCGAAACGGCUCCGGCCGUUUCUACCACCAUACCAAAGAUGCAGUUUGUCACAGCUGGGUUAAUGUCCUGCUGGUCUUUGUACCGGUCGGCAUCGCCUGCGAAGCUGCAGGUCUGGACCCAGCCAUCAUCUUCGCGAUGAAUGCAGUCGCCAUCAUCCCCCUGGCUGGACUACUCAGUCAUGCCACAGAGAGCGUCGCCAGUCGUCUUGGUGACACCAUCGGAGCCUUGAUCAACGUCACUUUUGGAAAUGCAGUCGAAUUGAUCAUCUUCAUCAUCGCUCUAGUUAAGGACGAGAUUCGCAUCGUGCAAGCUUCUCUUCUCGGCUCUAUUCUUGCCAAUCUGUUGCUUAUUAUGGGCAUGGCAUUCCUGUCUGGUGGCCUUCGCUUCCGAGAACAGAUUUACAACAGUACCGUUACUCAGAUGAGUGCUUGUCUGCUCAGUUUGAGUGUGAUGAGUCUCCUCUUGCCAACUGCUUUCCACGCCUCUUUUUCGAAUAGUGCUGAGGCCGAUCACGAGACGCUCAAGGUCAGUCGCGGUACCAGUGUCGUUCUUCUAUUGGUGUAUAUUCUUUACAUCAUCUUUCAACUGAGAACGCACUCGUAUCUCUAUGCUAGUACCCCCCAGGCUAUAAUCGACGAGGAAUCCAAGCCUGGUAUCUUGGCAGACUUCAUGAACAGCUCUUCGGACUCCUCAUCUAGCUCCAGUGAUGAUUCGGAUGACACUACGACUUCUUGGACCACUGCCAAAAGAAUCAAAAGAGCAAUGAAGUACCGCAGACACCGAAAGUCAAGUACAAGCUCAAAAGGAACAACCUCUCGUAAUUCCAUCCAAAAAAAGCCUAUUACAUCGAGCUCCAAUGAAAACCAGACUUCCGUUGACAGCAAUGAACACGCGAUUGAGUUCGGUGACGAAAUUCGGUACGAUGCCGACGACGAUGUUCAUUCCUCUUCCGCAGUCCACUCUCGUGACUUUGGUUUGGCUCUGAGCCGUAUGGACAGCAAAGCGAGUAAGAAGUCAAAGAAACGCGAUCGCAAGAUGCGCAAGGCCCGAAAGGCAGAGAAAAAGGCUCAGAUCGUGGCACCCGAGGACAGCGGUCCUUCUCCAUCCGAUCCUAACGUCGCUGUACUUGAAAGCGUAGAAGAUGAUCCUAGGAAACGCCGUUCUCCUUUCGGACCUAUACCGUCUCUGCUUUCCAACACUGUUUUCAGCUCCCAGUCACCAGGUUCGCCUCCUAUUGGAAACAAUGCCUCGCGCCCAGGAAUUUCUCGCAGCAAUUCGCUCCCUGCACAUAUCAGUCGUCCUCCGCCGGCCGGAAACGCAGUGCAGUUCGCCCGUGGUGCUUCUCGUCUAACUGACCAGAAUAAUGCCGUGGUUCCAGAGACAGAUUUUCAAGCCCCGGAACCCACAAUGUCACGUACCGCUGCUGUUGUCAUGCUCCUGCUGUCCACCGCUUUGGUGGCUGUUUGCGCCGAAUUUUUAGUGGAUGCUAUUCCCGAAAUGAUCAAAAAGUCAAAAGUCAAGGAGGCAUUCAUUGGUCUCAUUAUCCUGCCCAUCGUCGGCAACGCAGCUGAGCACGUUACUGCCGUCAGUGUCGCCACUAAGAACAAGAUGGACCUAUCGAUUGGUGUGUCCGUUGGUAGUAGUAUCCAAAUUGCGAUUUUCGUCACACCACUGGUCGUCAUCCUGGGCUGGUGUAUGGACAAGGACAUGUCCCUGUACUUUACGCUCUUUGAGACUAUUUGUCUUUUCGUGACCACCUUUGUUGUCAACUUCCUCGUCCUGGACGGCCGAAGCAACUAUCUAGAGGGUGUCCUCUUAAUUGCAGCCUAUAUCAUCAUUGCCCUAUCUGCGUUCUUCUAUCCGGAUAGUAAAACGUCCAGUGUUAUCGCCGGCCCUAAACCUGAGAUGAUAUGA